GUAGCAGUGGGUCCUUUUAUUUGAGCUCAUGUUUCCUGGAGGAAUUGUAAAUCUGCCGGAGCAGUAGCAAAGAUGGAGGUGUUUGGGGAUUCAGUUGAGGCUCCUCUGGACCAGCCCUGGGUUCCUAUAGAGAUCGCAGACACCCCCUUCCUGGCCAAGGUCCACUUCGGGGACACGGCCUACCAGCUGCUGCUCUCGGACCUGCACUGUGUGUGGCACGAGGAGGCUGACGCCAAGACCAUUGGGGAGCGGUCCCAGGAGCUGAACAGACGUCUGAAAGCCCCCGUGUCGUCCUUCUUUCGUCAGCUGUGUGUUGUGGCUCGCCCGAAGCUGGAGGCGGGAGUGAGCGAGGGCUCCACGGCCGUGUUCUCCUACGAGCGCACCCCGGAGCGGCUGUCUCUGCGUGUGAAGAGCGAGCUGGCUGGAGUGCCCUUCUACUGGGAGUUCCGCUGCACCCCCGCCACCGUCACAAUAGUGUGUCGGCACCUAGUGCACCCUCUGCUGACGAUGUGCCAGGUACUGCAGCGACAGGCCCAGGAUCUGAUGGGCUUGCUGGGGAGGAAGGAUGCUGAGAUUCUGGAUUACCAGGAGAACGGGGCCACACUGACUCGAGGUCGUUUGGAAACGGGAGUAUUCAGGGAGCAGGACUUCAAUGAGCUGUUUCUGUCUGAGAGACUGCCGGAGGUGUGUGCUGUGCAAGCCUGCAGAGGAUUCAGCAGAGAGAUUCAGGAGCUGUACACAGCAGUAACAACGCUCGGGUGCCAUCGCAAACGCAAGCACCCGGACAAUGAUGUCGAGCACAGCCAGGUCAACACUGCCACCCAAGGAGGAGGAGAGAGUGCAAGCGCCAUUGCCAACCAAGAACUGAAAUGUCCCUCUCCAGCCAUCAUGGAAGAAAAACAGGAAAAGGAAGUGAUCUCUUUUGCUGUAACCAAGGCCAGACAGGAGGACGAUACUGUGACGCCCACCCUUGAAGCAGCAUCUUCGAGCCCUGUUCCCCCUGAGCGCCCCUCCGCCAGACCCAAGAAGAAAAAAGCCAAGGGGCUGUUCCGCUGAGGCACCCCUGCAGCAACAGCAUUGGCUUUCAGUAGUCGCUGUGCGGCCUUGUGGUUUCCUGUGGCAAAACUGUUCUUACCAAGAGUGGAGACUUUUUAAAUCUACACGGACAGGUGGUGCUUCUGCAUUGCAUUUUAAAAUAAUGUCACCUCUCUGGGAUUGUUAAGGGCCCAUUUUACAGAAAUCUGGGUGCCUGUCAGCCCCCACCAAAUCAUUUUAAUGUAUUUUAUAGUAGAGCUGUGAUAGCUCAUAGGGUUCCUUUUUUAAAUAUGCUUUUAAUAAACAUUUUACUUAAA